AGGACACACCUACAAUUAUCGGAAUUAUGCUCUGUACAAACUUCGAAGUGGCAGCAAGCUGAAACUAAGUUGUGGGUGUGGCGACAGGGGACGUAUCUAUUUCAUUUAAGAGUGAUAGCUGGGAAUGGUUCAUUUAGCGUAAAAACUGGCUCAAGUCAAACCUUUUCGGCGUCGACAUUUGUCUUUGUCGCCGUCUAUUUAUAGAGCUUUACGAAACGCAUACUGGAGGGUUCGAUCGAGACCAUAGCAAACUUGAGGAUAGAACGAGGGGGCGUUCUCCAGUUCGGCAAUACACGGUUUCACGCUCGUAAUAUAAUCGAACUGAGAUUUGCGUUAUAUGGUGUCCAAAGGAUAUUUGGUGGCCCUUGGAAUUGUAAUAAUGAUCGAACACAUGGCAGAAUAAACGCUGGACGGUAAGGUCGUCUAUUUGGAUCAAGGUGCAAUUAACAUGAGAGGAUUUGUGAUUAAAUGGCUGUCCUGUGCCUACAGACAACCACACAUUCAUUUCUUUCUCCUCUUUACUUUCCUAAACCUGUCUCACACAAGUCCCUCAAUCUUCCCUGACCUCCACCAUCCCUUCAUCCUUCUUCAAAACGGAACGGUAGAAGUCGGCCCCAUGCGUCGCUACAGCUCGGAGGGGUCCCUUCUCGAUAUGGACUUCCUUCCCCGGCGGGAAAGUGGCGCUAGCGAAGGACCAGAGCUGUGGAAGGGAUGGAGAGUCGGGCACCUACAGCUCGACCCAGGAGCAGGAUGAGCUGGACAGUGGACCUUCAUCACUGCCCCCAAUCAUCCAGGAACCGUGUGUUGAGUCCUAACAAAGGAGGGAAAAGGAGAGAUGAGAAAGGAGCUCAGCGUCAGUGUGGAGAACUUCACUGAGCUGGGCAUGCUGGAGAAGGGGAAAGCUGGGAGUUUGUGGGCAUCAGUGAAGGGUACCGGGCCUACAGUGACAGUCAACUGGCCCCGGUGGCCAAGGGCAGCAUGGGCGAUGGACAUCCAUCAACCUCACCCUCAAACACAUCCUUAUCCAACCCCCUCAAGUCCCACCAUGCAAGGGCCAGGCUGUCAGCGGCCAAGCUGCACCUCAAGAGCCUCUUUGGACAGAGCCCUCAUUCCUCACAAUCCAAUCUCUUCAAUUCAGAACAGAAAGGACAGUGCCAAAGAGAGAAGGUCUCGUUUGCCCUUCCUUCGCCAGUGGAGCCAGGUGGGUCACAGCAAGACCAGGUUCAGCCGGGAAGAGAUGGACAAGUGGGCCGAGUCCCUCAACGCUCUCCUGGACAGCCGAGCGGGCGUGUCUGUGUUUGGUGCAUUCCUGCGUUCUGAGUUCAGCGAGGAGAACCUGCAGUUCUAUCUGGCCUGUGAGCAGUACAGACACUCGUCCAAUAAUUUCAGCCUGCAGAGGAGAGCCCGAGACAUCUGUGCCACCUACAUCCAACCAGGGGCACCACGAGAGGUGAAUCUGGACAGCAAGACCAGAGAGCUGACCAUGCAGCUGCUGCAGGCUCCCUCCCACACGUCCCUCUGCCACGCUCAGAAACGCAUCUACACCCUGCUGGACACAGACUGUUACCCCCGCUUCCUCCAAUCCAAUAUCUACCUCUCUCUGCUCCCAGGGGCAGACCACAGCCCCUAGGCUACACCAUGACUAGUGACAGUAAAUGUGGGAAAACCUGGUGGGGAACCAGGUUCACUGUAACGUACGUGCCAGGUGCUGAACACCCACGUCACCUUUUCAAAAAAGAAACAGAAACCCGAGGUUGAUUUAAAAUACAGUAACUGUACUAAAAAUAGAUAUACAAAGUAAAAUGACAUCAAUAGUUUUGCCAUUUUCCUGUUCCAGGUUUUUAAAAAAAAAAAAUUUAUAGGUUAUUUUGGUUUCUACUAAUUUCCCUACAGGAAAUAAGUAGUGCACCGGCUUAGCUUAUCCUAGGUAAUCUGGGCCACAGGCGGAAUGGAUGCAGUACAGAACAGGGCACUGGGGGAGGGUAUGGACAAUGGUUUCUAAAAGUAGUCAUUAAAAAUCAGGGGUAAACGGGAGGCCGACAUGCAUGUUCAAACAGAGGUUGACGAAGCGGGAGCUCAAGACUGUUACUUGAAUCUGUCGGUGGGACCAAUGAAAAUAUUCCGAGCAUGUUUUAAUCAUCUAACACCCUCGCUUUUGGCGUCAGUGAGUACUGUAGUUAGAGUUCCCAUGGUCCAUUGAGCACAUGAGGAAUUUCCUUAGCUGACUAAAAGGAAAAACACGUCAGACGAGAACAAGCACUAGAUAAAGGUCAAAGCACUUUGUGAGUUACUUAUGUAGUAUGGGUGAGUGAAUACAAACUCACGCUUGUGGACGUGACUAGCUAAAGGAAGUAACCUGAGAGGACUAUCAACAAAACACUUUCUUGGAAAGAGAUUCCAGCGUUUUUGGGACUUUCAUGGAGAGGAUACUGGUGCCACCACGUACCAGAUUACAGUGUGGGUGACAGCAAUUUGCCCAGGAUUGUCACACUUGUUGUUGUAACAAACAGAUUUUAAAUCAUUUGUUUCUGUUCUCCUCAGCCUGCAUCUUGCGUAGAACCUUAUGCUCUUGCCAACUGAUAAUGUAAAACAUCCUCGUAAAAAGGUGGGGAAAGAGAUUGAAGCCAACACCACACCUCAAGUAAAACUCCAUGUAUGGAACUCGUGGUGUCUAAUGUUGUUUGUAUUGUUCCAAGUUAAACUUGAUGGAGAUAUCAAAAUAAAUACAAUUUUUAUAUAUACAUGGGAGGUCUUUUGCAACCCAGAA